AAUAAAUUAAUGUCUCAUUCUUCAAGUUAUUAACAAGAUUUAGAGGAUUCUGGAGAGCUCUCUUAUACAAAAUCUCCAAAAUCUAAAAAGAUUAAGAAGAGCGAAUCAUUUUCUCCUAAAAAGAAUUCUGGCCAUUGGAGUUAUGAUGAACAUUAAAAAUAUUUGAGAUUUCUUGAAGAUUAUGCAUACAUUAAGAAAAACAAUAAAAUAUUUAAACCUAUGAGUGAUGUCAUUGGAACUCGAUCACCUAGCUAGUGUAGGUAAAAAUAAUGUUAUUUUGUAGAUCCCAUCAUUAAAAAUUCAAUCCACUAUCACCAAUAGUUUAAAAGAAAUCUUUCAAAGCAUAAUAAAGAACAUUAAUACCUAUAUCUACACCAUUACAAGAUUAAAUUCAAAAUGAAGCAGAAGAGGUUAUUAAUAGGCAAUUAGUUCAACUUAUAAUUUAUGAUGAAGAUGAACUAAUGAAUCAACCUCAAUAAUUUAAUUUAGAUGAUUUUUUCUGAACUCC